GGGCAGACUCGUUCGGCCAAACGCAUAAAAACCCCCAGGGGCCGGGCAGCGAAGGGAUUAUAGAGGCCCUCUUCGUCGCUCUAUCUCUCUUCCGCCGAGAGCAGAGGACAACAGUUGAAUACCCCUCUCUCUCUCUCUCUCUGGGGGGGGCUCCAUCCACCGAGAAAGAAAUGAGCACCGAGGUUGUGAAUCCAAAGGCGUACCCUUUGGCCGAUGCUCAGCUGACGAUAACCAUAUUGGAUCUCGUCCAGCAAGCGGCGAACUACAAGCAGCUCAAGAAGGGAGCCAAUGAAGCGACGAAGACUCUGAACAGGGGCAUCUCCGAGUUUGUUGUGAUGGCGGCGGAUACAGAGCCACUUGAAAUUCUUCUACAUCUUCCUCUGCUUGCAGAGGAUAAGAAUGUGCCCUAUGUGUUUGUUCCCUCCAAACAAGCACUUGGCCGAGCUUGUGGAGUUACCAGACCUGUGAUCGCUUGCUCAGUGACUAGUAAUGAAGGUAGCCAGUUGAAAUCCCAAAUACAACAACUCAAGGAUGCCAUCGAGAAGCUUCUCAUCUAAAUAUCAAAAUCUUCAGCAUGAUGGGCCUUCUAAGAACUUAGUUAUCCGGAGGCUUGGACUGAUCAGCAUCAUGUUUCUUGACAAGUGUUGUUUACUUCUAUUUGGUCACCAUGUUUUGCAUGUCUUGGGUGUAAAGUUAUCACCUUUAUUUUGAAAAUGACGGGAUAGAACUAUCUUAUUAUUGAGCUCUUAUCUACGGUAAUAUUAGGAACUUGGAGAGAUUUCUGCUAAUGGGAUUGUCCAAUAUCGGGCAUCUUUAAAGACUUUGUUUUGUAUUUUUCUAGUUUAUUGUCAUUUUGUAGUUUUAAUUGUGGUUUCUAUUC